UACGCGAUUUGUAUUUAUUUUACCUUGACUCUCUGGUCUUUUAUCAGAAAAGAAGCUUCCCACUCCUGGCACAGAGACUGUUGGCGGAGUCAUAAGCCCCCAACCUCUUAAGCCUCUUUCCAUCUUCAAGGAAAAGGAGGGAAGGGAGGUGGGGAGGGGGUCUCUUCGACCUCAGAAGCAGGAUCUGGGGUCCAGGAAAGCCCGGCGCGGCCCCAGAAGAACAGGAGAGGACCCGAGUGCGGGGCCCGCCGCCCGGGGAACCAGACCCGACGCGCGGCUCUCCGCCUCAGGCUCCAGGGGAAUCAGCUCACCUCAUCCUGGGAAGUCGAAAUCUCUACAUGAUGUGGCUUCUGAAGACUCAAGAACGACCUACCUUACUAGCCUGCAAUGAAGAAGGCAGAAAUAGAAAUUCACACACCACGGUUCCGUCCUGCUAUUAAUUGCUCUGCAGACAUGUGCCCCCACCACAGGGAGUGAGCCACAGCAACGGGGGAAGUUCUCAGGGCCCCCAGACCACCUGCACUCUUGGUCCUCCCCCUGGAGGGAAAGCAGAACUAUGGCAUUUUCCAGCUGCUGUUGGAUCCUCUUGGCUUUGACUUGGUGUACGUCUGCAUAUGGGCCCGACCAGCGAGCCCAGAAGAAAGGGGACAUUAUCCUCGGGGGACUCUUUCCUAUUCAUUUUGGAGUAGCAGCCAAAGAUCAGAACCUAGAGUCAAGGCCGGAGUCUGUGGAAUGUAUCAGGUAUAAUUUCCGUGGAUUUCGCUGGUUACAAGCUAUGAUAUUUGCCAUAGAGGAAAUAAACAGCAGCCCAGCCCUUCUUCCCAACAUGACGCUGGGAUACAGGAUAUUCGACACUUGCAACACCGUUUCUAAAGCCUUGGAGGCCACCCUAAGUUUUGUGGCCCAGAACAAAAUUGAUUCUUUGAACCUUGAUGAGUUCUGCAACUGCUCAGAGCACAUCCCCUCUACCAUCGCCGUGGUGGGAGCAACUGGCUCAGGCAUCUCCACGGCAGUGGCAAACCUGCUGGGGCUCUUCUACAUCCCCCAGGUCAGCUAUGCCUCCUCCAGCAGACUCCUCAGCAACAAGAAUCAGUUCAAGUCCUUCCUCCGUACCAUCCCCAAUGAUGAGCACCAGGCCACUGCCAUGGCUGACAUCAUUGAGUACUUCCGCUGGAACUGGGUGGGCACCAUUGCGGCUGAUGAUGACUAUGGCCGGCCAGGAAUCGAGAAGUUCCGAGAGGAAGCUGAGGAGAGGGACAUCUGCAUCGACUUCAGCGAACUCAUCUCCCAGUACUCUGAUGAGGAAGAGAUCCAGCAGGUGGUGGAGGUGAUCCAGAAUUCCACAGCCAAAGUCAUUGUCGUGUUCUCCAGUGGCCCAGAUCUGGAACCCCUCAUCAAAGAGAUCGUCCGGCGCAAUAUCACGGGCAAGAUCUGGCUGGCCAGCGAGGCCUGGGCCAGCUCUUCCUUGAUUGCUAUGCCUGAGUACUUCCAUGUGGUCGGAGGCACCAUUGGAUUCGCUUUGAAGGCGGGGCAGAUCCCAGGUUUCCGGGAAUUCUUGCAGAAAGUCCAUCCCAGCAAGUCUGUCCACAAUGGUUUUGCCAAGGAGUUUUGGGAAGAAACAUUUAACUGCCACCUCCAAGAAGGUGCUAAAGGACCUUUAACCACAGACACCUUCCUGAGAGGUCACGAAGAAGGUGGUGGCAGGAUAAGCAAUAGCUCCACUGCCUUCCGACCUCUCUGUACAGGGGAUGAGAACAUCAGCAGUGUCGAGACUCCUUACAUGGAUUAUACACAUUUACGGAUAUCCUACAACGUCUACUUAGCCGUCUACUCCAUUGCUCAUGCCCUGCAAGAUAUAUACACCUGUAUACCUGGGAGAGGGCUCUUCACCAACGGUUCCUGUGCAGAUAUCAAGAAGGUUGAGGCUUGGCAGGUCCUGAAGCACCUACGGCACUUAAACUUUACCAGCAAUAUGGGGGAGCAGGUCACUUUCGAUGAAUAUGGUGACCUGGCAGGGAACUAUUCCAUCAUCAAUUGGCACCUCUCCCCGGAGGAUGGCUCCAUAGUAUUUAAGGAAGUUGGAUAUUACAAUGUCUACGCCAAGAAAGGAGAAAGGCUCUUCAUCAAUGAGGAGAAAAUCCUGUGGAGUGGAUUCUCCAGGGAGGUACCCUUCUCCAACUGCAGCCGAGACUGCCUGGCAGGGACCAGGAAAGGAAUCAUUGAGGGGGAGCCCACCUGCUGCUUUGAGUGUGUGGAGUGUCCAGAUGGGGAGUACAGCGAUGAGACAGACGCAAGUGCCUGUGAUAAAUGCCCUGACGACUUCUGGUCCAAUGAGAACCACACUUCCUGUAUUGCCAAGGAGAUUGAGUUUCUGUCCUGGACUGAGCCCUUUGGGAUUGCACUCACCCUCUUUGCCGUGCUGGGCAUUUUCCUCACCGCCUUUGUGCUGGGCGUCUUCAUCAAGUUCCGAAACACGCCCAUCGUCAAGGCCACCAACCGGGAGCUCUCCUACCUUCUCCUCUUCUCCCUGCUCUGCUGCUUCUCCAGCUCCCUGUUCUUCAUCGGGGAGCCCCAGGACUGGACCUGCCGCCUGCGCCAGCCGGCCUUUGGCAUUAGCUUCGUGCUCUGCAUCUCGUGCAUCCUGGUGAAAACCAACCGUGUCCUCUUGGUGUUCGAAGCCAAGAUCCCCACCAGCUUCCACCGGAAGUGGUGGGGGCUCAACCUGCAGUUCCUGCUGGUCUUCCUCUGCACCUUCAUGCAGAUUGUCAUCUGUGCCAUCUGGCUCUAUACCGCGCCCCCUUCAAGUUACCGCAACCAUGAGCUGGAGGAUGAGAUCAUUUUCAUCACCUGCCACGAGGGUUCGCUCAUGGCCCUGGGCUUCCUGAUCGGCUAUACCUGCCUGCUGGCUGCCAUUUGCUUCUUCUUCGCCUUCAAGUCCCGGAAGCUGCCGGAGAACUUCAACGAAGCCAAGUUCAUCACCUUCAGCAUGCUCAUCUUCUUUAUCGUCUGGAUCUCUUUCAUUCCAGCCUACGCCAGCACUUACGGCAAGUUUGUCUCUGCCGUGGAGGUGAUCGCCAUCCUGGCGGCCAGCUUCGGCUUGCUGGCCUGCAUCUUCUUCAACAAGGUCUACAUCAUCCUCUUCAAGCCAUCCCGCAACACCAUCGAGGAGGUGCGCUGCAGCACCGCAGCCCACGCGUUCAAGGUGGCGGCCCGUGCCACGUUGCGCCGCAGUAACGUCUCCCGCCAGCGCUCCAGCAGCCUGGGGGGCUCCACCGGAUCCACCCCCUCCUCCUCCAUCAGCAGCAAGAGCAACAGCGAGGACCCCUUCCCGCAGCCAGAGAGGCAGAAGAAGCAGCAGCCUCUGGCCCUGACACAACACGUGCCACAGCCACAGGCACCCUCCACCCCGCAGCCACAGCCACAAUUGCAGCAGCAACCCAGGUGUAAGCAGAAGGUCAUCUUCGGCAGUGGCACAGUCACCUUUUCGCUGAGCUUUGACGAGCCUCAGAAGAGUGCCACAGCUCACAGGAAUUCCACGCACCAGAACUCCCUGGAGGCCCAGAAAAACAACGAUGCCCUGACCAGACACCAGGCGUUACUGCCGCUGCAGUGCGGGGAGGCAGACGCAGAACUGACCGCCCAGGAGACAGGCCUGCAGGGGUCUGUGGGUGGGGACCACCAUCCAGAGAUGGAGGACCCUGAGGAGAUGUCCCCAGCACUUGUAAUGUCCAAUUCACGGAGCUUUGUCAUCAGCGGCGGAGGAAGCACUGUUACAGAGAACAUGCUGCAUUCCUAAAAGGAAAGGCCAGUCCAUAUAGAAUCCAGAAAGCUGUCCUGGAAUCAUGUUCCUAGACAAGGAUAGGAAUUGCCCCAGACGCCUUCCCUCCAAGAAGGAGGAAAUAGACACCAAACAACUGGAACUUAGUUGUGCUCCUGCGAACUGACAGUGAACUUAAUAUUCCCUUUAAAAUUAAAGAGAAGAGCCGUGUGCUUCUGUACGGGUUUGUCAGAUCGCUGCGAUCUCCGUAGUCAGGUUUGCUGUUCAUCUCCCUCCCUCUGUGCUCCUGCUCUGUUCUGUCCCACUCAACAGCCCAGAGAUGAAACCGAGGCUUUAAGCUACCUACCUAUUCCCUCCAUUUUUCUUUUCUUUUUUUUUUUUUUUUUUUUUUUUUGGCUUUGGUUUUUUGGUUUUAAUAUUGAAAUGUCUGCCCUGAACUUUGCAGACUCUGCAGACAGCCUGGUACACAGUGACAGGACAUCAGAUUGGCCACCACUAGAGUUCAGAGUCCAAAAGACAGAAUGUGGCUGUUCCCGUCCUGGCUUGGCAGUUGACAAACCCGACUAGUAUCCAUGGGGACUCAGGUUCAAUCUCUAGCCUUGCUCAGUGGGUUGGGGAUCUGGCAUUGCCAUGAGCUGUGGUGCAGGUCCCAGAUGUGGCUCAGAUCCCACGUUGCUGUGGCUGUGGUAUAGGCUGGCAGCUUCUGCUCCCAUUGGGACAGUUCCCCUGUCCUGGGAACCUCCAUAUGCUGUGCGGGUUCGGCCCUAAAAAGACAAAAAAAAAAAAAAAAAAAGACAGAAUGUCACCAGUACUGCCCCACACCUUGACAAUGGGAGAAGAUUGAAAUGCUCAAAACUGUUAAGGUGACUGUGUCCUCUCCUAUUUAUGAAAACCAUAAAAUACUUGUUUUCCUACUCGCUGCUGCUAUCGUGUGACACCUAGAAGAUUAGCAUUUCUCCUGUACCAAUAUAUCCAGUUUUGUCCAGAAUGUGACAGUGAUGCUCUGUUUAGAUUCCAGGAUCACAAGAAUCACCUCAGAUUGUUGGGAAGAGACUGCAUAACUCCAAUGAGCUGUAUCUGUAAUUAAUAUUGUGAUAUAUAGCUUUAUCCUUAAGAAGAUGCUUCUGUUGGCAUAGUCGGUGGACAAUAUAAACUGGGAAAAAAAAGUGUCACGGUCUGGUUUGAUAUAAGGCAGUAUUUUUGAGCUCCGUUUUCUUUGUCCACUGCUUUACUCACACCCGAUGAGCUAAGACCUAUAUGAGCCUUUUCAGGGCACCAGGGGCCCAGAAGCUUCCCCUUCCCUGCCCCAAAUGCUCCCUGAAGCUAGAUUCAUGCCUGCCCUUGUGGAGAAUAAGCUCCCAGUCUCUGACCUCCUAUCAGUUGCUGGAGUAAGAAAUAUGACUCCGAGAAAGCUGUCACAGGGUACCACCCUGGCCCUCCACCCCAAAAGUGCCGUACCUACCUUCCCUCCAGCAGUGAGAGUCGGCCUGUGGGUGGUUACGGGCUCCAGAGCAGAGCUGGUUUCAAGCGCUGGGCUCAAGCACUGGGCUGGUCACUAACAAGCUGGGUUAACAAGCUGACGUCACUCAGCUGCAGCUUUUUUGUGUCUAAAAUGGGAGUAAUAAUCAUUCUUUUCCCUCAGAGCUCUUAUGUGGAUUAAACGACAUCAAUGUAUAGUACUUUAGCAUAGUACCUAGCACAUAGUAAGCACUCAAUAAAUAUUAGUUAAUAUUA